AUGUCAAAAAAUGCCAAAAAGGAAGAAUACUCAUGUGAGUUAUACAGCAACAAGUUCUUUAUGCUUUGCCUCGCUGGUGGGUCCGUCGCGUGUGGAACGACGCAUACAUUUCUGACCCCCUUGGACCUCGUGAAGUGUCGCCUUCAAGUAGACCCAGCAAAGUAUAAAUCCAUAUUCAGGGGCUUCGGCGUGUCAUUCCAAGACGGAGGCCUCGCUAACUUGGUCAAAGGCUGGGCGCCGACCCUCUUCGGUUACUCGCUCCAAGGCGCUUUCAAGUUCGCCGGCUACGAGUACUUUAAGUACAAGUUGUACCAUAUGGUCAACGAGGAAACGGCGUACUUGAAUAGAACCUAUCUGUACCUCGCCGCUGCCGCGUCCGCCGAAAUUGUUGCGGACGUGUUCCUGUCGCCUUUCGAAGCGACCAAGGUCCGUAUACAGACUACGCCCGGUUACACUUCGCAGAUGCUCAAGGCGAUGCCCCACAUGAUGGCGACGGAGGGCUUCGGCGUCUUCUACAAGGGGAUCGUGCCGCUCUGGGGGCGGCAGGUCCCUUACACGAUGAUGAAGUUCGCGUCGUUCGAGAAGACCGUCGAGUUCCUCUACCAGAAUUUAGUCCCCAAGCCCAGAAAUGAGUGCACUAAAAGUGAACAGCUUGUAGUGACUUUCAGUGCUGGUUAUAUAGCGGGUGUACUAUGCGCUAUAGUCUCCCAUCCGGCGGAUACUUUAGUGUCUAAAUUGAAUAAAGAUCCGGGCUCUUCAAUUGGAGGGCUGAUCUCGGAGUUGGGGUUUUUCGGCAUAUGGCGUGGUCUGGUCGCAAGGAUCAUCAUGAUUGGUACUUUGACCGGGCUGCAAUGGUUUAUUUACGACGCGUUCAAGGUGUAUACCGGUAUGCCGCGUCCGCCCCCUCCGGAAAUGCCCGAAUCGCUCAAAAAGAAAUUGGAAGGCAAGAAA